AGGAAACAAAACCAAAAACCCUAGAUCCUUGUACUUCUUCCCCACGCAUUCUUCUCUGUAGUCCUCUCUCCUGCAACGCUCCGGCACGCCUGAAAACGAUUUCGAAUCCAUUCCGAUUAGAAAUCAUCGCAAAUCUGUGGUAAAAAAAAUUGACGAAUCGGUUUCUUGCGUUUCUCGCCCCCUGGUUACCCAAAUAGCUUCUCUGAUUGAAUUUGCAGCUCAAGCGGCUUCAACGAUUCCGGAGCUGCCAUCAAUCCCAGCCCAUUAACCAUGGCUGCAAGAAUUCUUGCCAAUUUAAUUGUUAUGGGCUCUGGGAUACUUGCUAGGGGCUUUGUUCAAGCCUACCGUCAAGCCCUUGCAAAUGCUUCAAAGUCGGGUGUAGCUCAAGAAACAGUGCAAAACACUUUCCGGAGAGCAAGCAAAGUGAUGACAGAGCAAGAAGCGAGGCAGAUUCUUAGCGUCACCGAAGAAACGCCGUGGGAGGAGAUUGUGAAGAAAUAUGACACCUUGUUUGAAAAGAAUGCCCAGAAUGGAAGCUUUUAUCUUCAGUCAAAAGUUCACAGAGCCAAAGAACGAUUAGAGACUCUCCAUCAGAGCAAAGUUUAUCAUAACCAUAAAAAUAAAGGAUCGAACAGCAGCGGGACGGGAAACAAAGGAUCAACGAUCCACUAUGAACCUUUGGAGAUAGCUCAAGAGCUGUUCACCAUCAACGUGUUGGUCAUGCAGCUCCUUAAAGGCUUCAAAGGACCACGGAUCGACAAGUAUGAUGGAUCUACGGACCCUGUGGAUCACGCCACAUCUUACCACGAUGCUAUGAGGGGGUCAAGUAUAACAACGCUGAAAAAAGCGGGGGUUCUUGACAACACUCGCUUGCCCCGCCAGGUAGUCGUUCUAAGACUUGCCCCAACUCUCCAUCUCAAUGAACCAAGAUCCUUCUCGAAAGUUUGUCGACCAUUUUCAUUACUCAUGCGUCAACGAUAGGAGAACUGAGACCCACCUUAUGCUCAUUAAACAAA